AUGGCCACUGCCGGGCUGGCCGACCCAGAAGAAAAGGUUCGAGAGCAGCAAGGUCCGUUCUACAUCCCCGGCGACAACAAGCCGUGGCGGGUGUCAUUUGGUGAUGGACCGGGCGCAUCUGUGCGCGGAUGGCCAUCAAAAGGUGGCCUUUACACCUCAUACCCCUGCUUCACCGUCGAAUUGGACUUUCUCGGGUUGGAUCGUCUCAAAGAAGCAGACCGUCCACAGAACUCCACAUCUGCUCACGCAGACGAAGAGGCACACUGCAAGCGAAUGCGCCAGCUGGGCGCAAAGUGGUGGCCCAGCGCUGAUGACGAGGCAAUGUGGUGGUUCAUGAACCCCGGAGGAGGCGGCGUUUGGGUCUUGAACACGACUAUUAUCGGCGCCAGCCAGAUGGGUGCGGGGAGGAUUCACAUUGCGAUCACUAUGGACGAGCGGUGCAAAAUUAUGGAGGAUCUUGGUGCUGUAUACUAUGCGAAACCUGAAGAUUGUCCGCUUCUUGAUCUGUCGGAUAAACCGGUUCCUGAUACUUAA